AAAUUAUCUGCUUCGCCUCACAAGGCUCAAAUAAGAAAGAGAGAGGGCGAAGACGCUCUCUGAAAUUCAGCAAUGGCGACCACGCCAGCACUGACGCUUCAUCUCUCUCGCCUCGCCCGCCACUUCCCUUUCUCCUCUUCUUCUCUCCCGACUCCUCCUCUCUUUCCUCGUGCUCGACUCAUUCUAAGGCCGCGUGACCUUCCCUUCCGCCGCACCUGUUCCUUCUCCAUCUGCAACUUUUCCCGCCGAUUCUCUGUCUCCGCCUCGACCACUCCAGGUCUAAGUGAUGAUGGGCUACAUGAUGAAAGAUAUGAUGUCAUUGUGGUCGGAGGAGGACAUGCAGGCUGUGAAGCUGCCAUAGCAUCUGCUCAUUUAGGGGCGAAAACUCUUCUACUCACCCUAAAUAUUGAUAGAAUUGCUUGGCAGCCCUGCAACCCAGCAGUUGGUGGACCAGCAAAGUCUCAACUUGUACACGAAGUGGAUGCCCUUGGUGGUGAAAUCGGGAAGAUUUCUGAUCGGUGCUAUUUACAGAAGCGUGUACUCAAUGCCUCAAGGGGCCCUGCUGUUCGGGCAUUGCGUGCACAGACUGAUAAAAGGGAAUAUGCUAUGGAAAUGAGAAAAAUAGUAGAGAGCACACCAAACCUUUCAAUUCGAGAGGCAAUGGUGACAGAUAUCUUAUUAGGAAAGAAUGACAAUAUUGAAGGUGUGCAAACAUUUUUUGGGAUGAACUUCUACGCUCCUUCAGUUAUUCUCACGACAGGCACAUUUAUGAGUGGUAAAAUUUGGGUUGGUAGAACUUCUAUGCCUGCAGGAAGAGCUGGCGAAUCAGCUUCACUCGGACUGACUGAAAAUUUACAGCGCCUUGGAUUUGAAACUGAUCGAUUAAAGACUGGAACCCCAGCACGUGUGGACCGUCGCACUGUUGAUUUUUCUGGAUUGGAACCACAACAUGGCGAUGAAGAGGUCCAUCUAUUUAAUCCCAUAUAUGAUACUGGCUGGGCACUGCGGAGUUUCCAGAAACCAGUGAGGGUUGGUACAGAAAUGCAGCUGGUGCAAAUGGACCUUAAGGUCGGCUGGUUUAGUUUUGAUCUUGAUGUCCAUAUUGAAAGGGAACAAAUGUGCUGCUAUCUUACGCGUACUACAAAGAGCACUCACCAACUAAUCAAAGACAACUUGCAUGAAACUCCCACUUAUGGAGGAUGGGUUGAGGCGAAGGGGCCUAGGUAUUGCCCUUCAAUUGAAGACAAGAUUGUUCGGUUCCAGGAUAAAGAGUCUCAUCAAAUUUUUCUUGAACCAGAGGGCCGAGAUGUGCCGGAGCUUUAUGUGCAGGGAUUCUCAACUGGUUUACCAGAGAGACUACAGUUACCACUCUUGAGGACUUUGCCUGGGCUUGAAAAUUGUUCAAUGCUGAGGCCUGCUUAUGCUGUAGAAUAUGACUUCUUGCCUGCUCAUCAAUGUUCUCGGUCUCUUAUGACAAAGAAAAUUGAUGGGCUUUUCUUCUCUGGUCAAAUAAAUGGGACUACAGGCUAUGAGGAGGCUGCAGCACAAGGCAUUAUUUCUGGUAUCAAUGCUGCCAGACAUUCAGAUGGCAAGUCCCUCAUUGUUCUUGAGAGAGAAAGCAGCUAUAUAGGAACAUUGAUCGAUGAUCUGGUCACAAAAGACCUUCGAGAGCCUUACCGCAUGCUAACCAGUCGAUCAGAGCACCGGUUACUUCUCCGAUCUGAUAAUGCUGACAGCCGUCUCACACCAUUGGGGCGUGACAUUGGGUUAAUAGAUGAUAGACGAUGGAAACUAUACCAGGACAAACAGGCUCGAAUUUCAGAAGAAAAGAAGCGAUUGAAAAGUGUCAGAAUUUCAGGAGGGGAAAUAGCAGCUGAUGUUACUCGUCUUUCUAGUCAGCCAUUGAAGGACUUUACAACUUUGGAGAGUCUUCUGAAGAAACCACACAUAGAAUAUAAAGUUCUUGAUAAGCAUGGUUUUGGGAAUGAACUGUUGUCUAGAAUAGAAAAAGAAUGUGUGGAGAUUGACAUCAAGUAUGCGGGCUUCAUUCAGCGACAACAGAGCCAACUCCAACAAAUGGUCCAUCAACAGCAUAGAUUACUUCCAGAGGACUUAGAUUACUAUUCAAUAACAACUUUAUCUCUUGAAUCACGCGAGAAGCUCUCCAAGGUGAGGCCACAGACCGUUGGUCAAGCCAGCAGAGUUGGUGGGGUGAGCCCUGCCGAUAUCACUGCUCUCCUCAUUAUCCUUGAAGCUAAUAAGAGGAGAGCACAUGAACAGAAGAAGCUUGAACUGCUAAAUUCUAUCAAGAUGGAUACAGAACAAGGUGUAUCUGAAUUGCCAUUUACUGGGACACUCAGGUCAUGAUGUUUCCGCGAUUGCCAAACUUGGUAUUUGAGUUGAAUUCGAGUGUAUCAAGUGUAUCCUAACGUGUCUGUAUAGAGAACGCAUCAUGGUACGAGGUGAAUGGGAGAUCUGUCCAUCUUACUUGAGAUACCUGGUAGAUACCCGGGUCAAAUUUCAUACAGAUAGCUUGUGCAACGGAACUAUGAGGACUCAUUGCACGAGCUGCUGCUAAUAGCUGCUGUGUACUCGGGUAACUCUUAUCGAUCCUUGUCCGAGUAGGAUGUUGUACUCGGGUAACUCUUAUUGAUGUUAUGAAGUUGGUACUUGGUGGUCGUUCACAUUUCAUAUAUUUUAGACCAUCUCCACCCCACCGGGGUUGUAAAACAUUUUGUAUUUUGGUCAUUCGCAAAUGGUCAACUACUUAUUUUGCUCGUGGAAUCUGACGAGCUUCUUUCAAUUGGCUGCAAAUUCUUUGUAAUUUGUGGCUGUGCUAUGAGUGAAGUUUGGGAUUAGAUGCUGACAUCGAUGAGGCGAGACGAUGCUCGAUUAGGGGCAAGGAUUUGUGUGAAUCAACAGGCACUGCUGCAGGUGGUUGUUUUGGGUGGUUGCGGCGGAGGAUGCAGCGGAUCCGAUUGCUUUCGGUGUUCUUUUUAUUCGGUCUCAACUUUUGGUUUGGCUUGCUUUUGGUUUGUUUGGUUGGCCACUGUUGUUUGUUUGUGUUUUUAUAUGCUUUUGGGUAUUUUUGUUGUAAAGUUUAUUGUUGGUAAUGAAAUUUAUCUUUGCUUACAAAAAAAAUGUCAAAGAGAGAAAAUUGAAUGAGAUUCUAAAUUUACGUU